AUGAAAUACUCUUUGCUGCUCGCAGCCAGCGCUGCCCUGGCUCUUGCAGUGCCUCAAGGCCCCUCCAAGCGGGCCUCGUCCUUUGCUUGGUUUGGAGUCAGUGAGUCUGGGGCGGAGUUUGGCAAUCAGAAUAUUCCGGGUGUACUGGGAACCGACUACAUUUGGCCGGACACUUCGACUAUUCAAACGCUACGCAACGCGGGUAUGAACAUCUUUCGGGUGCCAUUCUUGAUGGAGCGAUUGGUUCCCAAUAAAUUGACCUCAAGCCCGGAUGCGACCUAUCUGCAAGGUCUGAAGAGUACUGUAGAGUUCAUCACGUCUACUGGCGCGUAUGCUCUCGUUGACCCACAUAACUUUGGGCGAUACUAUGGCAACAUCAUCAACUCCACUAGUGACUUUGCUGCGUUCUGGACGACUGUGGCAACACAGUUUGCAUCGAAUGACAAGGUUAUCUUCGACACAAACAACGAAUUCAACACGGAGGACCAAACGCUGGUGCUGAACCUCAACCAGGCGGCCAUCAACGCCAUCCGGGCUGCUGGAGCCACCUCGCAGUAUAUUUUCGUGGAAGGAAAUUCGUGGAGUGGUGCCUGGACGUGGACGACAGUUAAUACUAAUCUGGUCAGCUUGACGGACCCCCAGAACAAAAUCGUGUACGAAAUGCAUCAGUAUCUCGAUUCAGAUGGAUCUGGCACAUCCGACACAUGCGUCAGCUCGACCAUCGGCCAGGAGCGUGUACAGGCAGCGACAGAAUGGCUGCAAAGCAAUGGGAAACUUGGAUUCUUGGGCGAGUUCGCCGGUGGUGCUAACUCGCUCUGCCAGAGCGCCGUGACUGGAAUGCUAAGCUACAUGCAAGAGAACAGUGAUGUCUGGCUUGGAGCAUCCUGGUGGGCGGCAGGACCAUGGUGGAGUACCUACAUCUUUUCGAUGGAGCCACCCUCAGGAACUGCUUAUACUUACUACUUGAAUAUCUUGUCCGCCUACUUCCCUUCCAGCUCAGGCGGAUCUACAACAACUUCUACAUCGACAGCGACACACACAACAACCACCACAACAACCACCACCAGCACAAAGUCCACUGCUACUGCUACUAGUACUGCAACGGCAUCCCAUUGGGCUCAAUGCGGCGGCAUUGGCUGGACGGGGGCGACGACAUGUGCCAGCCCGUAUACCUGCCAGGCGCAGAAUGCGUACUAUUCGCAGUGUCUGUAA